AUGAAUUCCAACAGACAAACCCCUGUUUCCGGCGAUCUUACCGCGAAGAAACCGAACGGAAAAGAUGUUGUCUCCUCCGCCGAGCCUGUUAGACGAGUCGGCAAAACUGGAGUUUCUCUCUCUAAAGCUGAUUCCGGUGAUGCAAAGUCCAAGAAACCAAACGGCAAGGCUGUUUUCUCCUCCGCCGAUCCGGUCAAUCAAGUCGGUCCAACCGGAGUCUCCCUCGCUACAGCUGUCUCCGGCGCUCCAAAGUCUAAGAAACCAAACGGCAAGGCCGUUGUCUCCUCCUCCGAUGAGAUGAUGUUCUUCAGAGAUGUCAAGUUUGGACCACAAGAAGGUCAGAUAACGUUUCGUCUGAUACAUUUUUGGGAGGCUCGGAACGCACACACGAAGGUUCUUUUGGGUCUUGAGAUGCUUCUGAUUGACGGACAGGGUACUGUGAUCCAAGGGUUCAUCCCACCAAGCAGGAUUAAGAUCUAUUUGCCACAGAUGGUCGCUGGUUCCAUCUACAGGCUUAUCAACUUCUAUGGAUCUAAAAGCAAAACUGUGUACCGAGUUGCUGAGCCAGACGUGGUCAUUGCUUUCUCAUGGAAUUCUAUACUCACCGUUUGCGGGAACGGUCCUGUUCAGUUUCCUGUGGAUCGGUUCCGUUUUUAUGGUUAUGAAGAUUUUGAAGCGGCCUGUGACCUCAAGGGGGAUCUUCAUGAUUUUCUCGGUCACAUUAAACUGGUGAAUGAGCUUCCCUUGAGUGACAGUCUUGUGCUUGAUGAGGUCGAGAUAGUUUCUUCAAAGCGAAUUCUGGUUCAUGUUCAGACGCAAGAUGGUCCUGUUAUGAAACUAUACGUAUGGGACAAAGCCGCAACAGAGUUCUGUGAGAAGUUUAAAGCGCUUGGAAAGCCUCCAACUGUUAUUCUGGUGACUACGCUGAAUCCAAAACGUGUUGGAGGUGCUUUAACUCUGUCGUCUCUAUCAUCCUCGCUUGUGUUUUUUGAUAUGGAUGUUGAAGCAACCAGGGAAUAUCUGGCUUGGUAUGAAUCGAACAUGGAUGUUGCUAAUAGAGUUAAUGCUGAAAUUGUUACCAAGGCUGAGACAGCUACUAUAGGGGAUCUACUCUCAUACAUGAAGCAGCAAGAGGCAAAGGUUGCUUGGUUCGAGUGUUCAGCCACUAUUGAUGAUGUUGUGAGUGGUUCGGCGUGGUAUUAUAUUGCUUGUGGUGGGUGCAAGACUAAAGCAACUAAAGGGCCUACUACACUUAUGUGUAAGAAGUGCGGAAAGACUGAGAUUGACGGUGCUGCAGAGUAUCUCACGAAGCUCUCUGUCUAUGACAAAAAUGAUCACGCAAGCUUUGUGCUUCUCGGUGAUGCUGGGUUUGAAUUGACUGGAAAGAAAGCUUCGGCAUUGGUCGAGAGUUACUUUGAGGCCAACGAAAGCGUUGGAGAUGAUCAUGUAGUCCCGGUGCCACAAGCUCUGAUUGAUACUAUUGGACAGACCCGCACCUUCGUUAUCAAGAUUUCACAACACAAUCUGGAUGGCAAGACCCAAGCUUUGACUGUCACCAAGGUUCUCUCUCCUGAAGUUCCAGCACCUGAAAGCAUCAUAGAGGAAAACGUGGAUGAGGUACCUGUUGAAGAAAGGGGUGAAUCUGCAGAUGAGACUGUGAAAAGGAUCUCUGAUGAGAUUGAGUCGGGAGAGACCAAGCGUGCCAGAUGUGGCUAA